AGAAAACCCACUAAGAUCACCGACAAGCCAGGGAGGAAGAGUGCCGGGCAGAGGAGAGAGGGGGAGACGGGCAUGAAGUUCACAGACUCGCCGACGAUCGAGCUCCAGGUGCGCAGUGCGCACCUGUCGAUCCACCAAGACAAUGGCUCCAUGCACGUGGGCACCUCCGUCUGGCCCUGCUCCCUCGUCCUAGUCAAGUUCGCAGAGCGCUGGUCCCCUCUAACGUCGUCCUCCUCAUCCUCCACCCCCAAUCCCUACGCCCACCUCCUCGACUUCUCCAACAAGCGCGCAGUGGAGCUGGGCUGCGGAUGCGGCCUCGCCUCCAUGGGCCUCUUCCUCCUUGGUCUAAACGACGUCGUUCUCACUGAUAUCGCUCCGGUCAUGCCCGCCCUUAAGCACAACCUCAAGCGCAAUAAACCCUCUCUCCACAACAAAACCCUAAAAACCGCCCAACUCUACUGGACCAACCCCGCCCAAAUUAAUGCCCUGAAGCCGCCCUUCGACGUGGUGAUCGCCACUGACGUCGUCUACAUCGAAGAAUCGGUGGCGUCGCUAGUUGCAGCCAUGGAGGCGCUCGUUUCCGACAAUGGGGUGGUGCUUCUGGGGUACCAGCUACGAUCUCCGGAGGCGGACCGGUUGUUCUGGGAGCUGUGCGCUAGGGUUUUUGCGAUAGAGAAGAUUCCCCAUGAAGACUUGCAUCCGGAGUAUGCGUAUGAGGAGGCGGAUGUGUUUGUGUUGAGGAAGAAAUAGCAUUGGUUUUAGAAUUCUGUCUGCAGGUUCAAAUUCUUUGGCUUCAUACACGCUCAUUCCAAUCCUAUAAUUGCAGGAAGAGGUGGUUGUGCUUUUACUUUUUGUAGUCAUUCUGUCUGUUUGAAUCAUUUGAAAUCAAAAAAGCAGAGGGAUUGAUUUUAUACAAUAGUUUAGUUAUUUAGGAUUCGUGUAUGAGUGAUGUUUCUUUGGUUGUUUUUUCCUUAUGAUUUUGCAAUAGUUCGGGUUCAUUAAAUUAGCAAUUUUGUGUGUAUGAAGUAUAGAAAUGUUGGUUUUAAUGGUGGAAUGAAAUUCAGAGGAACAGAGAUACAUUGUACUUGUUUCCCCCUUUGCUUCAAUGGGUUUAAGAAAUUUAUUGAACAGUCCGACUGUUGAUGAUUUUGCAACAA